UGCGUAUGGGGGGGGGGUUCGUUUGAUGUCAUUUGGCAGAAAGAGAGGCUGAGGUAGUGGUGGGCACACGGCUGGAAAACAUAACAAUAACGACACCGUUUCAUCGUUAAUCCCGGAGCUCUUAAACUCACAGUCGGAACGAAAGACGUCUCGCAGAGGUCCAGAGCGGGAGGAGAGGAAGGCAGCUGACUGGCUGGCUAAUGGACUGAAAGUACCAGAUGCUAUUCCAGCGGAGAAGGAGAACCGACUCUAUUCAGCAAGACAUGGUGAUGGGUUCCCGUUUUCCUGACGGGUAACUGUGAACCUAGCGUGGAAAGGUGGCUAUUUCGGAGUGUAGGAACUAACGUCCUCAUCCCCAGGACCUCAGUAGGUGUGACAUUGUGUGUGAAAUGCCAUCGAGCAGCUUCUGGGCCGCAGCUCGGCUCACCGAGCCCGAAUCUUGGAAAUAGCUAGCUAGCUGUCUGCUAGCCGCAGCUGUACCCGAUGCUGCUGCAGCGGCUGCUCCGAAUCACAACACGAGCUGUCCGCGGCCUCAGCGCUGACUGAGCCUUUGUUUCGCAUUACUGGACUUCAGCCGGGGCUUUUGAGAUGUGAUGCUUUUGUGCGUCACGUCUGAGCCUUUUGUAGCUGGGGUCUCACGCUUGCUUGACGCGAAGGGGCUAACGUUGCUGCAGAAAUGCACAGCAGAACCUCAGCAUCAGGCGACUGUUGAAGGGGGCGAGGUUGGACAGAUAACAACCCACCCCGAGUCUCUGAAAGGCCGGGGGGUUCACCUUUAAAUACCCGCCCCUCCUCAUCCCCUCCCCGGUCACUCUUCGGUUCUUCUCCAGGCGACAUGGAUAAACUGACGAUCAUUUCAGGCUGUCUGUUCCUGGCUGCAGAUAUCUUUGCAAUAGCCAGCAUUGCAAACCCAGACUGGAUCAACACUGGUGAAUCAACAGGUGCCCUCACAGUCGGCCUUGUCCGGCAGUGUCAAACCAUACACGGACGAGAGCGGACCUGUAUCCCGCCGCGGCUGCCCCCUGAGUGGGUCACUACGCUCUUUUUCAUCAUCAUGGGCAUCAUAUCCCUCACAGUCACCUGUGGACUGCUUGUAGCGUCCCAUUGGCGUCGAGAAGCCACCAAAUAUGCCCGCUGGAUCGCCUUUACUGGCAUGAUCCUGUUCUGCAUGGCGGCACUCAUCUUCCCCAUAGGCUUCUACAUCAACGAGGUGGGAGGUCAGCCAUAUAAGCUGCCCAACAACACGGUGGUGGGCUCCUCAUACGUGCUGUUUGUCCUUUCAAUCUUCUUCACCAUAGUGGGACUGCUGUUUGCAGGGAAAGUUUGCCUCCCAGGCUGAGGACUCUUUCACUGUCAGCCUCUGGACUGAAUCAAGAGGCUCUGAAAGUAUAAUGGGAUUCCCAAAACUAGACUGAAAAUCAAAAAACGACAAACUUUUGCCCUCAAAGCAACAACGUGCGGACCUUACGUUUUAAGGGACUGCAGCACCACGGAGAACUACUUAAAGAUGACUAAAUGAACACUAAAACGGGAUGCGAGUGCAACAGGGGAGAGGCUGUCGCAGUUCCCUGCGGAAUGCUGAUCAUUUCAGAUACAGCCGUCUCUCUUUCUCCCUCUGUUGUUGCUCUGUAAGAAAGGGUGCUCAAUGUGCCGCUGUCAUGGCAGCCGCAGCAAAGGACGGUGGCGCACAUCUCUUAAGGACCACUACAACCACUCCUCGAUUUGAUUUUUAGCCUCCCCAUCAACACGCAUCUGCUUCAUCACGGCCGCAUCGGUUGCUAUUUAUAUCUUCUCUUUGCUGUUUUCAGUUUCUUUUUUUUUUCUGUACAAUUUAUUACUUUAUUCUUCCAGGUCCACCACCUCUCCACUGAAGUAGCGUUGGGAUUGUUUAGGUUCUCAGAACUGAAUGGUUUAAACAGAAUCAGGUGAGAGGAACAUAAGCGUUUUUUGCCUGCCGUGUUGCACGGCUCCAGGUGUGCAGCUGAGGAGAGCAGCUGUUUUGCUUCACACAUUCAGCCUGCUGUGGGUGAGACAUAGAUGCAGGCGUGCUUCCCCAUCAUCUUAUCCAGCCUAUUAGGACCUCCAAGGGUUUCAGAGCAGGAGGUGAACCUACAUAAAGGAGAAUGCCACUCAAUCACAGACCAUGCAUAAAAAUAUUACUGAAGAGUAAUCGUUAGGACUUCUUAAUUAAACCUGUCAUGCUCAUCCACCACCUUAGCUAUCCGUUUUUUGAACAUGAAUUCAUCUCUGUAAUUUAUGGCUACAUUUACAAUGGAAAUAAUAUUCCUGCAGUGGUGCGAUGGACUCCUAUAAUAUGGACUGUACUGAACUUUUCCAAUAUAAAAUUAUGGAGAAAAAAAAACAUGUAAAGGCUGAAAAUCAGUGGUAUUCUCCUUUAAUCUUUGGUAAUGAAAAUGAUUGAGCCAGGGAAGGUUUUUUUUUUUUUUUUUAGUCAUGUUUUGUAGAACAGUGAAGGCACUGGGACUGCAGGUCAGGUCCAUGCAUGGCACUGUGCUUCAUAGUAGUGCUGGAGACGUCUGUGAAAGCAGCUCGCACAAACACACAUUCACAACAUUCACACUGUGUCUCUGUUGAUUGUUACACUCCCAGUUACAAACUUAAUGGAAACAUCAGACCGCAAAAAAGUUUACUCAAAACACUAUAAAAACAGUUUUUACAGUGCUGUACAACAAUCUUUGUAUCUCUAGAAGUUUUCCACAUUUUAGGUUAUAAUCGCAAACUUAAACAUGUUUUAGGGAGAUUUAAUGUGAUGUGACCAAAACAUGGACGUAAUGUGAAGUGGGAGAUUCUCCCAUAAACUGUGACCAGCUUCUCUGUCCUUGCUGAUUUAAAGCCUCCCCACAGAACAAUACAGCCUCUGCCAUGUUCCACUGUGGCUGUAUGUUAAGCUUUGUUGUACUUGAAGUUGGGUUUUCCUAUCUUACCAUCAACCUUUCUUGACUUCAAUGUCCCAGCUGAAGAAAAACAUUCUCAUGUUUUCUCUUUAGCAAAGUGUGUUAAAACAUGAUUUUAGUUGUUGGUUUUCUCCAGCAGCUAAUGUUUGCAUGCAGGCUAAAAAGUUUAAAACUGCUCUUAUCUGAGCAGCACCCUUGUUACUCCUGUUUGCUGUUUGUCAGCCUAUUAAAAAAACUGCGCAGACUUUUUUUUUCUUUCUUAAGCAAUGAGAUUCUUCCUGUUAAAACCCCAUAAUUAAUAGCCGUCUUUACCACAGAUUAUCCUAGCUGAACUGUAAAUUUGUUCAGCUCCUCCAGAGUUGCCAGCUCCUAUCAGCUGCUUCCCAGUUUAUAUUGAUGGAGAUGUGUAGGUACAUUUGUGGAUGUUGAUUUGAACCAUGCUGUGAGAAAUGGUGAUGUAUAGGAGUUUUGUGACUGAACUCAACUCCAGCCCUCUUCAAAAUUUCACCUCGGACUUCUUUAGUGUGUCCAUUCGUCUUCAGGAUGCUGUGUGUUCUCUGUUUUCCAGCAAACAUCUGAAGCCCUUGAUGAACCACUGGAGCUACACACAGAAGCACCCUGUACUAGGGCUGAAACAAUUAAUCGGAUUAAUCGUGAUUAAUCGAUUAUUGAAAAAAUGUUCAACUAAUUCAGUAAUUGAUUAAUCAUUAAGUUGAGUAUAGAGACUGUAAAACAUGAUUUUAGC